CUUUCGCCCAGCGGUGACGUAACGACGCAUACACUGGUCGAGUCGGGACGUCUGGCUCCCAUUUAUUGCACCGGUACAGUGACGUAAUGCAAAGCAGGCGGUCAUGGCUUGGAAGUCGAAGACCCGCAAUCUACAGGUGGUGGACACGGAGCUGAGUGCUGACACGGUGGAGUGGUGUCCUGUUGCAUCGAGCCACGACAUCCUGGCCUGCGGGACAUAUCAGCUACAAAAAGGGGCAGGGGAAGAGGAUGCCCCUCCAAGCCGGACUGGUCGUUUGUACCUUUUUGAAUUUCGGCGGGAGGGAUCCAUGAGCCCUCCUCUCACUGAGCUACAGCGCAUUGACACAGCGGCCAUUUUAGAUUUAAAAUGGUGUCACGUGCCACUGUCAGGAGGGGCCGUGCUGGGAAUGGCAGCUGCCACUGGAGAGCUGCAGCUGUACACACUGUCAGACAGUCAGGAAGGAGGCCAUAGACUGGAGCCUCUGUGCUGCGUGGAGGUGGGAGCAGAGCGGCUGGCUCUGUCGUUAGACUGGUCCACUGGAAGAAUGGACAGCAGUGAUGUGCGGGUGGUGUGCAGUGACUCUGCAGGCUGCGUCAGUGUGCUCUCCCUGGCUGAAGGCGCUCUGACGGCUCUGUCACAGUGGAAGGCCCAUGACUUUGAGGCCUGGAUCUCAGCCUUCUCUUACUGGGACACACAGUUGGUAUACUCUGGUGGUGAUGACUGCAAACUCAAAGGCUGGGAUCUCAGGGUGGGUCCCUCCUGCCCCACCUUCACCAGUAAAAGACACUCAAUGGGUGUGUGCAGUAUACACAGCAACCCCCACCGGGAGCACAUCUUGGCUACAGGCAGCUAUGAUGAGCAGGUUUUGCUGUGGGAUGGCAGGAACAUGCGACAUCCUCUCAGUGAAAGUCCAGUGGGUGGUGGAGUGUGGAGGCUGAAGUGGCAUCCGACCGAUCAGCACCUGCUGCUGGCAGCCUGCAUGCACAAUGACUUCCACAUCCUCCACUGCCAGCAGGCGCUAGAGGGUGGUGGAGGAGCAUGUCCGGUCCUAGCCUCCUACAUCCUGCACAACUCCCUGGCGUACGGAGCCGACUGGUCCCGGCUGUCCCUGGAGGAACCGGCUCCCUGCUCUCCUGUUGCUGCAGAACCAAAGGAAAGCCUCGCAGAGAGUGGAGGUCACUUGAGGAUUCAGUAUGAAUCUCCCACCGCCAGCUUUGACACUUCCCUGGAGGAUGAUGCAGGACGAUACAUCCCAGAGGGCAUUGCAGCACCCCCUUUCACCCCUACUGCAGGCCCUGCCCUGAUUCCCGAUGAGGAUGCCCAUUCACUGUCCUAUGUGCUGGCAAGCUGCUCAUUCUAUGACCAUAUGCUGCAUGUGUGGCGCUGGGACUGGACUCCAGAUCAGGCUCAACUGGAAUCAGAGCCAUGCUGACCAGGCUGGAGCACUGGCUGCACUGGCACGAUAGAAAUAUACCAAGUUCUGCAGAAUGUAUAGCCAACAAAUAGUCCCCAGACUUAUCACAGAAUAUGCAAUUAGGAAAACCUUAUAUUUUUGAAUUGACACUUGAUUUUUAUAAGCUUGUAUUUAAACAAAUUGCUUACAAUCUUCAGUUUGCCCUGUAGCAGAAAGAUCAACACCAACAUUUACCCACAAACCUGUUCUUCAUUAUAGCAGUGUUAAGAUAAAUUGUUCUCAAAAACAACUUUCUUGACUCCAUGCAAUGUGUGUGAAUUGGUCCUCAAAAGGAAAUUCUAUUCAUUUGCACCCUUCUACCUUAUAAGGACUCCUGGGUUCAGUUCAGCAUUAAUGACAUUUUGGAUGGGUUGAUGCGUGAUGUAGCCCAGAUUAGCAGGUUAAAGGCUCCCGAGUAAUGAACCUCCUCUUUAAUAACACACCCCCUUUUUGCAAUUGUAAAGUGUUCUGCCAGCCUAUGUGGUGAUCUUCAACUCAUUAUGAUUUUGUAAGCGUUAUCACAGUAGUAGAACUACAUUUGAAAUAGCCACUUGAAUUGCUAGUUACAUUUAUUACACUUCCUGACCAAUAAAGCUACAUUAUCAUGUUCUAGGUUCACUGUGUCUUAACUUGGAGUCAUGUCUUUAAAAUCAAGGGGCUUUGAGAAAAAUGAACUACUAUAUUGUAGUAUAUCGUCUCAGUAUAAGAGACUGUGAAGAAUAACUAUGAUUAGCCUCAG